AUGUCGAAUUUGUCAAAGCUUGAAUUUAUGGCACUUGACAUUUCUGGAAAGAACUAUUUGUCAUGGUUACUUGAUGUUGAAAUUCACCUUAUCGCUAAGGGUGAUAGUAUAAUCGAAGGAAGUAAGGCAUCAAGUCAGGAUAAAGAGAAAGCUAUGAUUUUCCUUCGUCAUCAUAUUGAUGAAAGCCUAAAGGUUGAAUACUUAACAGUGAAAGAUCCACUUGAAUUGUGGAUAGGUUUGAAAGGGAGGUAUGAUCACCUCAAGGCAACGGUAUUGCCAAGGGCUCGUUAUGAGUGGAUGUACUUACAAUUUCAAGAUUAUAAAACCGUAAUUGAAUAUAACUCUGUUGUAUUUAGAAUCACUUCUCAAUUAAAAUUAUGUGGGGAAGUUAUAAAAGAUGAGGACAUGUUGGAAAAGACACUAACUACUUUCCAUGCCUCCAAUAUGAUAUUACAACAACAAUACCGUGAAAAAGGUUUUAAAAAAUACUAUGAAUUAAUCUCAUUCCUUCUGGUGGCUGAGCAGAUUAAUGAUUUUUUAAUGAAAAAUCAUGAAAUUCGUCCCGUUGGAAGUGCUCCAUUAUCGGAGGCACACGGGGUAGAAGAGCAUGGCCAGUUUGAAAUAAGACAAAAUAAUCGAGGUCAUGAUAAUGUGCGCGGGCGUGGCAAAGGCAAAAGACGAUAUAAUAAUCAUCGAGGUGGUGGUCAUAAUAAAAGAGAAAACAAUAUGAGUUCUCAAAAUAAUCCUUCUAAAGGAAAGGGCGAUCAUUGUCAUCGUUGUGGCCUUAAAGGAUCUUCUCAAAAAUAUGAUGAGAAUGUUAAGGCAAAUUUAGCAUUGAAAGAUGAUGCUUUUGAUGGGCUCGAUGAUAUUACUCAUCUAGAAGCUAUUUGGAAUAUUGCAAAUCAACUGUCGAAUACAUUUACUAACCUUCCAUGGGUUGCUAAAUUAUAUAUCCCAGUUGCUAAUAUUCAAGUUCGAGUUGAUGUCCCGAUAGGACAAAAUGUUAAGGCAAAUGAGUUUGGACCACGCUUAAAACGUGGUAGACCAAUUGGUUCCAAGGAUAAAAAUCUUCGAAAAAGGAAAGAAAUAAAUGGUCACGAUGUGGAGGCAAUUGCUCAUGAAGAGCUUCGAGACAUAAUAAAUUAUGACACCACUAAGGAGGUUCAUGUACCUGAAAAUAAUGAGAAUGAGUAA